AUGCUCGCACUCGAACCGCCUGGGGUGGAGGGAAGGGGGGGAGGGGGGAAAGCCCCUCCUCUCUCUCCCCUUCAACCCUUCUCUCUCUCCCCGUCACCCCUCCUCUCUCCCCGUCACCCCUCCUCUCUCUCCCCGUCACCCCUCCUCUCUCCCCCCCUCACCCCUCCUCUCUCUCCCCGUCACCCCUCAUCUCCUACCCUUCACUCCUUCUCCCUCUCCCAUUCACCCCUCGUCUCUCUUCCAUUCACCCCUCGUCUCUCUUCCAUUCACCCCUCGUCUCUCUUCCCUUCACCCCUCCUCUCUCUCCCCUUCACGCCUCCUCCCUCCCUUUCACCCCUCUUCUCUCUACCCUUCACUCCUUUUCCCUCUACCAUUCACCAUUCCUCUCUCUCCCUUCACCCCUCUUACCUUCACCCUCCUCCCCCUCACCUUGCCCACAGCGCCCAGCACCACAAAAGAGUCGGAGCAGCCAACAACAGCGCUGGUGUUGGCAAAAGCACACACCACAAAAGAGUCGGAGCAGCCAACAACGGGGGCGCACUUGAGAGGGAGGGAAGAGAUGCGCCUUAG